UGUCAGCAACCCGCGGAGCAGAUCCAUCCGCCAUCUCUCUCUUCCCCAGCUCCCCCGAUUCCCGAAGCCUCCAUCUAACAGAAGAGCCGACGAGAGCCACUCCUCGCGCCGCCCUCCCUUCGUCCUCACCCCUCCCCAAACCCUAGACCAGCAGGCGGAUAGUCGAUCGAUCGGCGACCAUGAGUAAGUUGCAGACUGAGGCCCUUAAGGAGGCCAUCACCCAGGUUGUCACGGAGGCCAAGGAGAAGAAUAGAAAGUUUACGGAGACCGUUGAACUCCAGAUCGGUCUCAAGAACUAUGACCCGCAAAAGGACAAGCGUUUCAGCGGCUCUGUUAAGCUGCCCCAUGUCCCUCGCCCAAAGAUGAGGGUCUGCAUGCUUGGUGAUGCACAGCAUGUGGGGGAGGCUGAGAAGAUUGGUCUUGAUUCCAUGGAUGUUGAAGCUCUUAAGAAGAUGAACAAGAACAAGAAGCUUGUCAAGAGGCUUGCCAAGAAGUAUCAUGCUUUCUUAGCUUCAGAGGCUAUCAUCAAGCAGAUUCCCCGUCUCCUUGGUCCUGGUCUCAACAAGGCAGGCAAGUUCCCUACUCUGGUUUCUCACCAGGAAUCUCUGGAAGCCAAGGUAAACGAGACGAAAGCUACAAUCAAGUUCCAGCUGAAGAAGGUGCUUUGCAUGGGUGUCGCAGUGGGUAACCUUUCCAUGGAGGAGAAGCAGAUCCAGCAAAACAUCCAGAUGAGCGUCAACUUCCUGGUUUCCCUGCUUAAGAAGAAUUGGCAAAACGUCAGGUGCCUGUACAUCAAGAGCACCAUGGGGAAGCCGGUUCGGGUGUUCUAAGUCCUUGCCUCUGCCUAGAAUCAAUAUUACCAUAGUGGACUUUCUUACUAUGUCUGUGCUUAAAUAUGUCGCAGUUUUAUCAAAUGUGUGCGUGCCCUGAUGAACAUGAUGGAAUAAACUAGCAGUAUUACUUUUUUGGCAGUGUUUUUGUUUUUCGUCGACCAGAUAUUAUCGAACAAUGUGCUCAAGAUUAUACUCUACCGGUACCUGAUAUAUACGUCGUGGAUGCUGUGUC